AUGCUUUCGACCUUACAGCCCCGUCAGCUGCUACCCCAGCUGCGGGAGGAGGUUCAUAAACAAGUUCAAGCGACGUUGAACGAAGCUGGACUCUUGCAAUUCUACCUCAACAGCUUCGUGUUUCUGUUUAAGACUAACACAGGCUACAGUUUGAAUGGAUGGCUUUCCAGUUCCACUUCUGAUCUCCAUAUAGGUUAUAACUUCGUGGUCGAUAAAAUAAUGAGACGAACGCUGGAGGGUCUCCAAAACCCUGGUGUUCGAAUAGCCUGUGAAGAAAAUCUUGUCGAUCUGGAAUAUGCAGACGACAUCGUUCUCAUGUUCGAAGAGGAGGAGAAGGCGCAAGUAUUCUUGGAUGAACUGACCAAAGUCAUCCCGUCCUUUGGUAUGCACUUUGCACCCACAAAGUGUAAGGUCAUGCUCGUGGACGUGCAGUCACUGAACACGCCACUUACAAUCCAGGGAGAGACACUGGAAUUUGUGGAGCGUUUUACGUAUCUUGGAAGUUGUAUUAGUUGUGAUUGUAGUGUGACAGAUGAGGUGAAUGCACAAAUCUGCAAGGCUCGGGCCGCGUUUGCUAACUCGAGACACCUAUGGCGUCAGAGAAGUGUAUCCAUGCAUCUCAAGGGACGUAUCAAGCUACAGUGUGGUCCGUCUUGUUGUACGGCUGUGAGACUUGGCCUGUUUGAACUGAGACGUCUCCAGACGAAGGAUAAGUUAACGAGAACAUAUCGACCCGAGUGGCGCCAAUCCGCUGGACAGAUGGAAAACCGUGCAAGAUACUAUGAAGAAUCACUCCCGGCUUCCCAGAGAAUCGACGUCAGCACAUCUUCACAGGCUGUGUCAGCCUGUGAAGAAAGCCUCGUCGAUCCGGAAUAUGCAGACGGGAUCGUCCUCAUGUUCGAAGAGGAGGAAAAGGCGCAAGUAUUCUUGGAUGAACUGACCAAAGUCAUCCCGUCCUUUGGUAUGCACUCUGCACCCACAAAGUGUAAGGUCAUGCUUGUGGACGUGCAGUCACUGAACACGCCACUUACAAUCCAGGGAGAGGCACUGGAAGUUGUGGAGCGUUUUAUUGUGGCGGAUGAGGUGAAUGCACGAAUCUGCAAGGCUCGGGCCGCGUUUGCUAACUUGAGACACCUAUGGCGUCAGAAUGGUUUAUCCCUGAAUCUCAAGGGACGUGUAUAUCAAGCUAGAGUACGGGCCGUUUUGUUGUAUGGCUGUGAGACUUGGCCUAUUCGAGCAGCGGAACUGAGACGUCUUCAGGGUUGGUGUCGGCGAAUCCGUAACGAGGCAGUCAGAAAGCGCGUUUUCGGUUGUGUAACGAGUACUUUCAUUGAAGAAUGUGCCCGGCACCUGAAGCUGCUUUGA